AAGUCUAUAUCUUUAUGACAACGCUAGAGAAGUUUCUAUCUGGUAUAAUCAUUGAGAUAACUAAACGGCUGCAGCAAAUGCUUGAAUAAAUGCUCUCUACUCAGCAGCACAAAAUUGCCCUUUUGAAAGUCUUGAGGUUUCCCCAGCAGAAGAAGAGAUGAAUGGUAAAAUCAUUCCUCACACCCCUCUGGCUGUGGACUGCUGGCAGCUUAGAAAGUGCAGCCAUGUCCGGCUUUUCUUCCUCUCACACAUGCACUCAGAUCACACCUGUGGCCUCACAUCCACCUGGAGCCACCGGCCCAUAUACUGCUCUCCUCUCACCGCCAAGCUCCUCAAACUCAAACUACAGGUGAACGAAAAAUGGAUCCGGCCUCUGGAGGUUGGUGAGCCGCACCUGUUGCCCCUGGAUGACAUUGGGAAGGAAAAAUUGACCGUUACCCUAAUUGAUGCCAACCACUGUCCUGGGGCUGUUAUGUUUUUUUUCGAGGGCUACUUUGGCACUAUUCUUUACACUGGUGACUUUCGGUACACUCCGUCAAUGCUGCGUGAGCCGUGUCUCAGAAAUAAUACUACUAUUGAUGUGCUUUAUUUGGACAACACUAACUGUGACCCCACACGUUUGAUUCCUACUCGCCAGCGAGCCUGUCAACAGAUGAAGGAGAUCAUACGAGACCAUCCAAACUACACUGUGGUCAUCGGCAUGUAUGCUCUGGGGAAAGAGUCUCUGCUUGUAGAGUUGGCGAGGGAGUUUAAGACCUGGGUGGAGGUAGACGUGGAGCGUCUGGAGACCCUGCGAGUGCUAGAGCUGCCCGAUGUGUUCUGCACAAAGCCAGGCUCGGGGCGUCUUCGUGCCGUUGCUCAGUCUGAGGUCACUGCAUCCAACCUGUUGGCCUGGAAUAAGGAGCGGCCUACCAUCGCCAUACUGCCCACCAGCCGCCCAGUGGUUUCCUACCAUCCUAACGUCCAUGUAGUGCCCUACUCAGACCACUCUUCCUACCAGCAGCUGGAGGAAUUUGUUUCAGCUUUGCGUCCUUUGUCCCUGGUGCCAAUUGUGGGCAGCUGCAUGCCAAACUUCUCCUCUCUUCUGUGCCAACGCAGGAAGCGACACGAGGUGGUGAUACCCGAGUCGGUACAGCGCUACAUGAUGGCAAAGCCUAAUGUUCAGCCUUUUACUUUCACACGAAACUUUCUUCAUCGUUCUUUGCACACAGUGCCUCGAGGGGUUGUGUUCGAAUCACCUGGAAAGAAUCCCAGACUCCCUAGCCAUAAUGAUGUUGAAGAUUCAGAUGCUAUGGAGGCAGAAGAUGAUGUAGUGGAAGUCGAUUCUGAACUGGAUGGAGACUCUCAUUGCAUUCUGUUAGACAUGAGCACAGCCCUAACACAUGAUGUUAACACUCAACACCCUAAGAGUCUAAAUCUGAUUCGGGUCACAUUGGAGGAUGCAAUCAUGAUUGACAGUCUCCCUCGAGAUGAAACUGAUUCCCUCAUUGCCUUUGAAGGAUCACGGUCGCCUAAUGUUAAUGGCACAAGAAAAAUCACACCUUCACCCUGUGAUGGCAUUACUGCUGUGACCCAUACCAAAAAUCCCACUAAGAGGAGCCCCCAAAUGGGAAACAUUAACUCCAGAGUGAUGUGCUCAUCAAUGGACAGCAUUAGUCUCCAUGACAGGAGCUGUGUAAUGGCUUUGGCAGCUUUAACACCAUCUGAAACAGAUCCUGAUUCAUCUGAUGCAUUUGAUACAGUUGAGAGAGAGGAGACAGAGCAGUGGCUACUCAACAACUUCACUAUCCCAGAGGAAGAACUCGCAUGUCAAUACAGAGCCAUUCAAAGUCUACACAAGGUGUAUCCACUCGCGCCAAUCAAUAUGCCAAAAGCCGAGGGUGAUCCGUUUGAGGCUGCAAUACAGAGAUUCAAAUCCAAAUAGGUUAUGAAAACAUUUAGGACAAUGACAAAACCAAGACAUAUACUGCCCAUCAUCAUUACAAGUAACAGAAAUAGUCAAAUAGUGUAUAAGACAUUAAUAGUGAAAAUGUGAUGUAAAUGUAUUCUAGUAAUUAUACGCACUGUUUGCCUUCUUCGAUUCAGUUCUGGAGAAAGCUAGGGUGGCAGAACUUCUUUCUUCUGGCUUAAUCUAAGCCUUUGUGUUGAUUUUGCCACAAUAACAACCACUACACACUCAAAAGCUCUCUAAUACAACUUGCUUAAUGUACAGCAGUUUUUACAUGAAGUGUUAAAACUCUUCUGUGGUGUGUUCCGUAUUUUUCAACUUAUUAUGACGUAUCAUGAUGUAGCACAUUUUAGACUGUUCUUUCCUACUGCAACAUCAUGAUUUAAAUUGGGUUCUUAUUGUACUUAUUGUCAAACCAAAUCCAUUAUGUGUCUUGUUAUUGUACCUAAAUGGGUGUUAACUGAAACUGUCUUUUCAACAGUAUGGAAACCAUUAUGGUAUUAGCAUGUUAUGCUUUUGCUCUUGUAUAAGUUACUUACUAUAUAUAAUGUUGAAAUUGUAUGCACACAACGUUUUUCACAACGUAACCCCCCC